AUGACCAUGAUCUUCUCUUUAAUUUUUCUAGUUGUUACUCUCAAUAUUCCAGCCAAUGCAAAAUGGACACAGAAUGGAAUGAUUGUUGCUGGUGGUCACAGAUCAGAUAGAGUUGUCGCUGAUACGUACAAUCAUCGCAUUAUCCAGUGGAAGAUUGAUGAUACGAACGGACAAGUUAUUGCUGGUGGCAAUGGUCAAGGAAAUCGAUUAAAUCAAUUGGACCAGCCAACUGACGUGUUACUCGAUAAAUACACAGAUAGUCUCAUUAUUUGUGAUCCGGGUAAUCGACGUGUCGUACAGUGGCCUCGCCGUACUGGCACAACACAAGGUAAAAUUCUCAUCGACAAUAUCGCAUGUUGGGGAUUGACUAUGUAUGAUCAUAAAUAUUUUUACAUGUCUGAUACUGAAAACAAUGCAGUAAUACGAUAUCAAAUAGGAAAUAAGAAUAGAACGAUUCGGACUAGUGAGCGGGGUGCUAGUCUCAAUCAACUUAACUUUCCGACGUAUCCUUUUGUCAAUCAAGAACAGACUGUUUACGUUUCAGACAACGGAAAUCAUCCUGUAAAUAAAUGGACAAUAUAUGCAAAAGAAGGCAUUAUUGUUGCUGGAAUUUAA